UCAACCCGGCCACAUGUCCCGAAUGUAGCCCAGUUUUCCAUGUCGCAAUGGUUUCGGAGUAUUGAGGUUUCCAUCCGCCUCCACCACAUCCUGGAUGUUUCGCUUCAGGCUCGUUUCUUUACUACACAUCGCUGGAGCUUUCGCACCAAACUAAGUUUGACUCUCUGAGGUUUCCGUCCAUUCUCCCAUCGUGCCAUGCGCCGCUGCUAGGCAACCGUGUGGCCUGGUGCCUUGCUUGGAAAGGGUAGGCGUAGACUGAGCCCGGCGAGGCGGGACUCGGACUGACGAGUGGGCGGGGCCUCACCAGAAGAGGUGGGCGGGGCCGCAGCUUCGGAGCGCUUUCGCGCAAUCUCAGCAUUGUCUCUAGAGGCUCGGAACACAACCCUUUGGAAUCUUUGAUCCCGCGAAAUCGCGGACUACUGGCAUUUGAGUGCUCCCCACACUUUUUUUGGCUCAGAACUCAGUGUAGAUUUUUCAUUCAAUUCUGCUGCACUGAUUGAUGCAGUAGGAUUGUCUCUCUUUAAUCUUACUCCCUUCACAACUUGGUGAUAAUUGUAUUAAGGAUAAGUGUUAUCUAAAAUUUCGUUUAAAAAAUGUCAUUACUUUACUAGGACUGCAGUAACGAGGGUGAUAUCAAAAGACGCCUGAUGAGACUUCGGAGCUCAGCUUGGACUGGUUCGGUACUGAAAGGGCAAGAAACAUUUGAUUCUAUUAAUGUGGAGGACGAGUCCCAGUGGGACGAAGCCGUCUGUACCUUGUCAGGUUGUCAGCACCCACAGUGCUGGGCAUCUCUCCGACGGAUUGAGAGGGGCCAUCCUAGGAUCCUGGACACAUCCCCCAAAUCUCCCCGGGAAACUGAAGAUAAACUCCCGACACUCACCGUUAUAAAUAUCUCGGAUACCUGUUUGUGGACCCAGAAGACGGUGGUUCAUCGACAACCAUCAGAAUUUACCUUCCCCAAGGAUCGUUCCUCAUUAUCAAAACCAGCCUCCAAACGUCAGAGCAGGUCUCGGAAAGCUUUGCGUGACAAAGAUGUGACAAGCCGUUCUCCUAGACCUCCCAAACUCUCAGUGUUGAAUCUGAAUGAAGCAAAACUUCCUUUCUCUGAAGAUGUCAGAAGCAUGGUUGUAACCUGGGUUCCAGAAGAAACGGAGAAGAGCGUGAGACCAGCUCAAAAGACUGAUGUUUCCAGCCGGCCUGGGAAGAAGAGGAGAAAGAAACUGGGAGAGAAAAGCAAGCCAUCUCUGUAUUACCCUGGAAGGCAGUACUCCAGAAGUCCAGCGGCAAUUGUGCCUCCCCCAUCCCCAGUACAACUGUUGGAGCAAUUGAGUUCUGAAGCAAUACCACUAUGGGCCCAGGUGGACAUGCUUCCUCAGGACCUACUGAAGGAGUGCAUCUUGGCACAUGAGAGAUCAGUUUGCCCUGAGGUGAAGAUCGAGUUGUCCAAGAUUAGAAAGAGUCUUCCCCUGGAAAAGAGCCGACCUGAAAGUGCUAUCUCAUCUAAGAUGUUUCUGACUAUCCAGCGCCUCACCCUGCAAAGACCAUCACUGCGGUAUCCUGACCGUCUGAGGAAGCUGCGCCGCAACCUGAGGCGAGGCGAGGGCCCCGCUGGGCUUGGGUCUUCAGAUUUCUUGAUGCAGCAGGGGAAGGCAAAAACCUCUCUUCAGAAACAGGAGGCUAAGAAGAAAGGCAAGAGAAAUGUGGCAGGCCGGUAUGGGGAAGAAACCAUGCCAAGCCAUUUCUUCCAGGGUGAUGUAAGACUCAGAAUAGCAGAACAGGAAAAUGAACAAAAGCUGUUGGAAGAGGAGGAAAUGGAGAAAACAUCCACAGAGAGACGUAUUUCCUUAGAAGAGGCGUAUGAUUUUGGCAGCUACUACACAGACUACUACACCAGUCCGGAGGGUCCCGAACUAUAUGAAACAAUUUACCAGGACCUUGAUGAGGAGGAGGGAUUCGAGGCUUCCAGCGAAAACAAUAGCCCCAAGAACCUUUAUGAAACUGUGGACACUGCCGGCUGGAACCCUGACCUCAAAUUGCUGAGGAUUCUUCAGGCCACUGAGGAGGAAGAAGAGGAAAGCCAUUAUUCUAGGGCACAGAGUGAGGCUUAGCUCAAAUCAUCACUUGGGGCAGCCUGAGCCAGAAGAGUUCUUGGUAUUCUGAGGACAACAACCUCGGACACAGGGAAGAAGAGAGAGAACGUUGUUCUUUGGAUCCUCCAGUAGGACAAGGCCCUAGACACCCUGCAUUCUUCAUUUACUUCUUAACCUCCAACAUAAGUGAGAAAAAGCCCUAAUCCCAUGGAAUAUAGGCAGCUUUUCCACCAUUAAACACAACCCCUUCCAGCAAA